AUGCCUUCUCAUAUCCUAUUUGGCUUACUCAGAGGCUGUGACUUCAAUGGCCUAGCACCAUUUAUGUCAGCAGUGAAUUCUAACAAGGACAAGAUUUAGAUUAUAGGCUUUGUGCAGAAAGGUUGGUUAACUAGAAACCCAAGUGACCCACCUGAAGCUCAGAAGGUGUAUGAGGACUUCUCACAGAAAGACUUAAAGGUGCUUGGUGUACUAUAUAAUGACAAGCAUAAGGAGAAGUGCGAGUAUUAACUUUACAAUCCAAGUGACAUCAGACUAGUUAGUGAUAAUGCUCCCACUCACUAGAACUAAUAACUGUCUAAGAAUCAAUUCUAAAUAUCAUCUGCCAUUCUAGAUAGACUAUUUGAAGAUAGUGAUCUGUUGUCAUCAAUUGAUGAGGAUGAUAUCGGACAGAAGUAAUUAGAUAUAUUCCAAUUAAACACCAGAACUAUGAUUAUGAAAAUGAUAAAUCAUCAACUCUAAAGCAAUUCAUAAAAUUUCCUCAAUCAAUUAAAAGGUUCAAACUUCUAUCAAGCUCUACUUAAGUUUGUAUGUAGAGAAUCGUCGAUUGAAAUGAAAGGAGAUAUUAUGCUUCUAGAAUGGUUAGAGUAAAGAUGCUUUGCCAUAAGGAAAUACGCUUGUGAAAAUCAGCAAUCUUUAGUCAAGCAGAGAGAAGUUCACAUCACUCUAGUCAAGGAUAAGCUAUAUGUAUCUUUCUAGCACCCAGUUCUCAAAGGCUAGAAGCAACUCAAUGCCAUUCCACUAUUGAGUGCUGUAAACUAUAAGAAUUUCGAAGAGAAAAAGGAAGUUAAACUUAUACAUUCUUAGGAUGUGUUCAUUUCUCAAGGAGAUCAAAUCAAUAAAGCUGAGUAACAAAUCGUGCUAAUAGAUCCAGAAUCACUUGCAAGAAAUAAUGGUUUAGACAUUAUCAAUGCUGGAAUUGGAGCAAUUACUUAUGGUGUUGAUUUGAAUAAGACCAUAAAGAACAUCUUUAUCAAGUAAAGAGAGAACAGAGACAAGUAUAUUGAGCUUGCUUAAAAGACUAUAUUCCUUGUAACUGAAGAAGAAUUUAGGAAGAUUCUAACAAUCACCAAAAGCAACACAUUCAAAAGAGCAACUACAAUGAAGCAGCAACCUUAAUAGGAGUAAGUAGAUGAGGACAAUUUCGAUAACGUAUUCGUUCAGGAACUUAUCAAUUAUGGCGGCAUCAAUCCUAAGGUAGCCAAGAAAACUCUGGAAAAGGACACCAUAGAAGGCAAAACAGAAACAUUAGUCCAAAUAUAAAAGUAAAUUAAAGAGGGCUUGUUUGAAUUGGAUGAUGGUCAAGAUCAACCAGAAGAUAAAGAGAAGGUUAAAGAAGAAGAUUAGGAAAACAAGGACUUAGCUAAUCAACAGUCAAACACGCCUUCAGAGGAAAGAUCUGAGGCUUUAGUCUACUUGAAAAACAGUUUCCACCAUUACAUGGAGAGAACCCACCCAGAUGCUCAUGAAAAGUCUUCUAAGGAUGCAUUAUUUGAUACCAUCAAUAGUUUCUCUAAAAAGGACUUAGCUGCAGACUAUGAGAAGUCUAUGAUUAGACUAUUCAACAUGUAUUGUAGACAUGUCUUCUGGAGCUUGAUUCAGAAAGAUGAUAUUCACAAUUUGUUCUCAAUGGUGUUAGAAACAGAGACUGAGAUGAAAUCCUUCAGUGUAUUCCUAAAGGUACUUGGGAAUGAAUGCUUUAUCACUGGAAACAAAGUAUACAUCAAGAGUUUCAAGAUUUUCCUAAAGAAAGUUGUACACAUUUGCUGUAAGGUGGCUAAAUUUAGACCACUACUUGAGAUCCUAGUAUAAGAAGGAAUCAUUAAUGCUUAUCAAGUUCAUAUGGAAGAACUUAAGACAGACUAGACUGGAUAUUCCAACAAAAGAAUUGAGGAAUACUUUAAGACUGAAACUAAGGCAUCACAACUCAUGAAUCCAUUUAUUGUAGUACCACUCUUAAAACAUAUACUACAUGAAAAUGCAGAUAUACUGCUAGGCAACAUAGAUCGUUUAGUUAGUACCCUAGUCAGUCUCAACUGCUUAUUUAUUGGAAACUACACCUUGAAAGAGUAGAUUUGGGUUCUAGUCAUUUCAAUUCUCGAAAAAGUAAGAUAGAACAUUGAUAAGAUUCCUCAAGAAAAAGUAAAGAAGCUACUCUAGCUAAAAGUUAUUGAGUAUAUCUUUAGCAAUUUCUAAGAAGUAAAGGACAUUGAUAGAGAGGAAGUUGAGUAUGUUAAGAGAUAGCUAAGAGAGAAUACUUCUGGUGAUAUCGACGGAAUAUCUCGAAGAGAUGCUGAAAAGUUAGUUUACGCUAGAAGAGCAAUAUGCUUAUCAGGCUACAAAAAAUAUCAUAACAGGGAAUCAGCUUAAAUUUUGAUAGAGAUGAUGUACAAAUUUUAUCUGAUUGAUAGGAAACUCGAAGAAUCCUAGUUCCUAUACAAAAAUAAGUAAGGAAAUCGAUCUAAUAGAAUUUACUUAUAGUUUGAUGACAAGCAUGGAUCUUUAUUCACAAAUAAUCAGCGAAGGAAGAGAUGGGAAGCUUAAUGA